UGUUUGACAUUUGUUGUGUCCCGCCGGUGUAUAUAUUUUGUGAAUAGAUAAGUCUUUAUUAAAUUUAUAAUGUUUUUAAAGAUCGGUUAAAAACUUGAAAGUCUUCGAGAUGACUUCUAGUUUUCAGGAUACGGUUUUUGAUUUCGAUUUAAAUUUUCUCCAACAACCAUCAAUCAACGCUGAGAUUGAAAGCAAGUUAGAGAAGCAGAAGAAAGCUAUUCUAAUAGCUAAAAAGAAGACAAUUGCUACUGAUUCACUUAUCAGGAAGUAUUACGAGAAAAAGGAACAGUUAGAUCAGACUGAAGUUAGAUUACUGGCAUCAAAAGAGGAAUGUAAACAAAUUUGUAUAGAUUAUAAAAAUUCAGUAGAAAAAUGUACUCAACUGGAGAAGGAUGUCCAGCUUUUACAAAGCCGAUAUUCAGAAAUGGAACAGAAUUAUAUUAUGUCACAAAACCAGGUUGAAGCUAUGAAAUCACAUGCCAGGCAACUGCAGGAUUUAGUUAAGGAGAAUGAAACAACAAUUGAAUCUAUGAAAAUAGAUAACGGCUUAGAAAAAAGUAACCUAAAAGAUAUAGAGAAGAAAUUUGCAUCUCUACAAAAAGAACACGAUCAAGUUUUAAAACAGUUAUCUCUGGCAUGUGUUAUAGCAUUAGGAAAGAAGAAACUCCAAAAUCACCACAAAAGAAUUCUCCAAAAGUAUGUGAGCACUAAUGAUGAUCAAGAUGAUGACGAUUCUCUAUCAGAGGGUAGUGAAGUGACUGACUUCUUUGAAGCGUCACCCGAUUCACCUUUAUACACCGUCAUUGAGAUAUGUCCUGAAGUGGAGGAGACAAAAGAGGAUGAUAUAAAUGGUGAUGAGAAAGAAUCUAUUAAACAAGAUGUGAGAAGAAUGAUAGAAGAUCACGAAUCAGAUUACAGUAAUGGUGUCGUCAGUGAAGAUACAGGGAGAGGUUCCUCGCUUGCUUUCUCUGAUUCAGAGAAAUGUGUGAACAGUCCAGAUUAUUUUGCAACUAAUAGUCCAGCUGUUGAAACUAAUCCUAAAAACAGUAAAACUUUUGCUGACGCAUCUACCAGUACUAGGAAAAAUACAGAAACAAUACAUAGAGCUACAAGCCCUAUAGUUUUUGAUGAUGAUUGUGGAACGAGUAGAAUAUCACAAAAUGUAGUACAAGAUGGACACCUUGUCACGGAUUUGAAUGUUAGUGAAACAGCAAAUAUAAAAGAAAAACCAAAAUUGAUUGAUAUUGCAACAAGUCCAGUUAGAGAUUUAGGAAAAAUUACUAUCGCAACCAGCCCAGUUAUUUUCAUGGAUACAUCAGAUAAAAGUACUUGUAACACAGACUCCAAUAAGGAUAGUGGAACAAAUGUUGUUCACAAUGAAGACGGCGAGAGAAACGAAACAAAAAAUCACAUUGUAAUUAAAGAUUUAUCAAAUAAUUGUGAACUUGAAAUAAGUGGUAAAUCAAGAAAUGAAAAAAGUUGCUUAGAAAGCCAUAGUAGUAUCGGUUCACGAGAAGAAACUAACAAUGAUAACGAAGUAGAAAUGAUUUUAAGUUCUAUGCAACUAAGGCAUAAGUUAAUAACCCCACUUCCUCAAACCCCAGUGAGAUUAAGUAAAAAAAUAAGGAAGCAUCUAGGACCAGCACACGAAAAAACGAAUGACGAAAUCAAGAAACACUCAUGUCCUGACGCUAUAGAAUUAAGAGAAGAAAACAAAUUACUGAAAUCAAGCAUAGCCGAUCUUACUAAAGAGAUUCUAAACAUAAAAUACAUCUUAAAGAAGCAGUUAAUAAUGCCGGAAUCACCAAAGAAAUCACCAACAAAAACAAAUAUAGAAACGUUGAAUGCUAAAUUACACGAUAGUGCUAGUCAAGAAUCCGUAAUUACAGUGAAUGAUAGUGAUGAAAAUAUUACGACAGUGAGAAAUGACAUUCAAAAUUGUGACGUUACGGUUAAUAUGUGUCCCACGGAAGUGUCGAGUGAUAAAACAUUGGCUAUGGAUAGUGAGAAACCGGUAGAUGUUAAUGGAGAAUUAUCGCCUAACGUGAUGAGUAGUCAUGAAACCGACUUCGUGCCUAUACUGUCCCAGGAUAUUUCGAUAGAAGCUCCUCAUACAACGCAAUACAUACAGACAAACAGUCAAAGUACAAACAGCGUAAAUGUAACAGAAGACAAUAACGUUUCAGAAACCAGGCGCGAAACAUUAACUACCGCUGAAGACGUCUUUGCAACAGAAGAUAAUCUAGUAUCUAAAUGUGAAAGUGAUAAGCUCGAUAUAUAUAGACAUAACAAACAAAAUGUUGGAAGACAAAAGAAAUUAAGCAGACUCGAUAAACUUAGACGAAGACUAAUACCUAAGAGCAAAAUAAAGUUUAAACAACUACCGACACGUAAACGAAGACAUUGCACAAUUAUCCCAAUAGGCAAAUUAAAUCAGUCUGAAGCAGUUCUGAAUAAUAAAGCGGCUUAUGAGAAGGCUAUUAAAGUUAUGAAAGAAUUAAAUUCAAAACAGUUAACACAAAAUAAAGACGUGAGCGGUGUUAAUAAAAAUGUUGAAAUCAAUAAAACUCCAGAAAAGCUAAUUGCGGUAAAUAAAGAGAUCCCAAAUGUUGGCGAUGCAAGAAGUGUAUGUAAAGAUAUAAUUGGUACUAAACAUUUCGUUGUAUGCUUACCGCGACUGAAUUUAGAAAAACAUAUGCAGAAUUCAAGUCCCGAGAAGAAUUCUAACGUAAUCUAUACAGCUUCCCCCAAAUCUAUUAGAACGACUCGCAGCAGAAAUAAAAUAGGCGAGCAGAGUUACGAUGAUAGUCUUUUUAGUUUAAAAUCGCCGAGAAAGGUCACAGAAAAAGAUGCGGAAGAAAUUAUAAAAACACAUGAUCGAUCUGAGAAAGUGCGGAAGAGAUUAAAACGGACAGCGUCAGACAGUUCAGAUGUUAGCUGCAAGAGAGUGUUAAGAAGUUCCCUAAGAGAUUCGCGGAAUAGCAUAGAAGAUAACAAUGUAAGUUUAGCGGAACUUGUUAGUCCAACGAGAAGUAAUAACACGAGAAAAAUAAAAAAUACCCUAAAUAGUAGUUUCGAGGAAGAUAAGACAGAUAAAUCUAAUAUAAAUGCUUUGAAUCCAAUAGUGGAAUCCAAUAAUAAUGAUAUUGAUGACGUCACUUACGAUUCUCAAGUUAUCGACCCGAGGAAGAGUAUACUUUGCAAGAUGAUAGAGAAAUAUGGAAGAGGUUCAGUGAAAUUCGCUCCAAAGAAAAUUUCCGAAAACAUCACAAAUCAAAUCUACAAAAAGUUAGAGACGGAUAUUGCAAAUAUAAUAAAACUACCAGCGGAUGAGUCGAAGGCAGCGGUCAAUGCACUGGUUGAGGAGCUCCAGGAGUUGAACACGAAACAUUUUAUGUCGGGACUGAUGAAGUAUUUAAAGGAUCCGUUGCGCAAACAGGAACUAUUCAGCAAAGUCGGAUCAGCCCCAGCGCCGUGCAUGACCAAAUCUGAACAAAUUUUACUCUACAUUCUGAAGGAAUUGGAGGUCACUACGCCAGAUUUUGUUAAUUUGAUCCUGACUCAUAUAGAGUUCUCACUAUUCCACCUCAAUAAGACGCCUGAAUUCGACGUAAUCGAAAGUCUCUCGCAUUUCUAUGCACUGACCUGUCGCUACUUCAGGCUCAAGACACGUCUCAGACUGUUUCUAUUGGACGCGAUGUACUGUUUACAGUUCAAAGUCGUGCCUCUCGUUAAACAGUGCUUGGAAGUUUGGAUGCAUAUUCUGCCCUUGGCUCAUAUGGGAAUUGCAAAAAGUCCACUGGUUACUUGUUUAGUGUAUCUCUUACAUUUCUACAAAUGUGAGGAUCGUUUUAACAGGAUACAGGACAUUAGAAUGAUUUUGAAUAAGAAAUACUUCUACAAAAUGACAGAUUGGAAUGAGCCUAAAAUGUUGGAAAUGUUUAGGAACUGUUUAACGGAAUUAAGAGAAAUUCCGCUCGAGAAAAAGAUGUUGCGUUUGGCCUUCAUCAUUCUCGCGAAACGUCAGGGUCCGACAUGGUGUCAGAAGAAUCUCAUCAAGAACAUGUUGAUACCUCUCAUUGAACAAGAAAACGUACCACUAAAGACAAAGAAAUUUUGCGUAUCUCUGUUAGGACCGCUCCUAAAGCCUUAUCCUAAAGAUAUGAAAGUGCAUUGCGAAAUUGCUGUCAAUCAACUUCUCGAUAAAUUGGAAAACAAUCCACGAGAUGACAUGAAGGAAGCUAUAUUUACUAGUCUGAUAUAUAUGAAUAAGCACAACCAAAACCGGGUGACUCGAGCGCUAUUAUCCUGGUCUCCUAAAAAGCCUUCAGAAGAAUUUGAGCAACUUAUGUGCGAUUUCGUUCGGGAAAAACCGGUCAGAGUUUGGAAAGGGAUUUUAUCGAAAAUAACAUUAUAAGGAAAUAAGUCCAAAGACUUUUAAUAAAGUGUACAUAAAAGUUUUUAAGAGAACACCGAAUGAUUUUUUUUUCAAAUUAAAAUUUUCGAUGUAAAAAAAUAAUAAUUUAAGAUUAAGUUAUUAAGCGUAGUAUAAGUUUAUGUUUUUGCUUUAAAAUGUAUAAAAGUAAGGCGAGAUGUGUAAAUCUCUCCGAUGGUUCUGUGAUUUUUAUAAUAUAACUUCAUUAUAGAAGUUUGUGUAUUAAAAAGUUUAAAAACACUUUUAUUUUUAUUUUCCUUUAUUAAAUUACUCUAAAGAACAUUAAGCUUCAGAAAUUAUUCAGGGUUUUGUAUAAACUUCAGGGUCUUAGUUGUUUAAGUGUAUAUGGUUUAUGUAUGAACAACGAGAGAAGAUAAAUUUUGUAAAUACACUGAUUUCUAUUAUGUUCUGCCAGUCUCUAAUUGUAUAUAUCAAUCCUUUUCAUCAGAGCGUAAAACAUCGAAAACAUCUGUCGUUACACAUAGCUUAAUAAAAGAAGUUAAGCUUUUAUAAAUAUGUUAGCUUAAUAUGAUAUAUUUAAGAUCUUAUUAUUGUAAUUAUAUUUUAUCGCCAUAAAGCAACGAAAACGAAUUAUCACUUCAACGAAAAGUUUCAUAAUAUAACAAUACAGUCCAACUUUAUUCAACCAAAAUAAUAUCAGUUUAUUUUGUACAAUAAUUUUAUAGCCGUAUCAAUUAUCGCUUGCUAAGAACGAUUUGGCACUGUAAUAAUUCCGUCAGGAAUAUUUUAAUAUAUUAUGUUUUAAAGAAUAAAAAAAUAUCUGGAAUAGUGUUUAAAUUUUUUAUCUUCUUUCGUUGGAUUUUUAAAUGUAAUGGAUGUAUGUGAAACACUUCAGUAUUGAUGUCAAAGUAUGCUAAGAAUGUUAAUAAAUAGUUUUGUGUAUAUUCUAGCAAGGUUUAUUUUGUAUAACUUGGGUACUAAAAUUGCCUAGAGUGACUAAUAGCUAUUGUAUUGUCAUAAAUAAUUAAAAUAAAUUUUCAAUGUUUAAGUAAAUGGGUAUUAAGAUUUAUCAUUACGGUAAUCGUUCAAAAAUAAGAUAUAUAUACGUAUCCAAAACGGAAAUAUAAAUUACAAAAUUAAAUAAAUGUCAAUUGGAUCCAUUUUAAAGAAAAAAAAAAUCUAGAAGAUUUUUUGCUAUAUCCAUCUUAUUAAUGUUAAUAUAAACAAUGACAUUUUCAUUUCGUAGCCUUUACUUUUGAAAAAUGUUUGAACUGUCAGUGUUAUGUCAAAGAUACAAAUUACAAACUCUUUCGAAGACAAUGUAAAGUUUACAUUUUAUUGUAAUUUUACAUUGUGAACGCAUGCAUGUCCUCUUGAUAUACAUUUGUAUAUUCUUCAAUGUAUGCAUAUUUAUGUAUCUAUUAAAAAUGUACGCGGUAAAAUC